GUUGACAUUCAAAUCAAUGUCGAAGGGGUCACGAUAGUUGACACUAAAACGAAAGCAAUCCUGCAUCGUUAUCCUCUCCAGAAGAUAUCCUUUUGUGCUGAUGACAAGCAGGACAAACGUAUUUUCUCAUUCAUCGCGAAAUCUCAAUCUGAUCCCGAAAAGCAUGAGUGCUAUGUGUUUCUUAGUGAUAAGAUGGCCGAACAAAUCACACUGACUGUUGGAGAAGCGUUCGAUUUGGCAUAUAAGCGGUACCUGGACAAGAACAGGACUUCAUUGGAGAAUCAAAAGCAGGUAUUCGUGCUACGAAAAAGAAUAGCGGAAUUGGAAGCCGAAAAUCAAGUGCUUAGCCAGCGAUUAGCUGAAGCAAUUAGAGCAAACAAAGCCACUCCGCAGUUGUCGUUGCUUGACACACCUGCCUUACCGUCAUCCCCAAUGCCAUCUGGUCCACCCCCGGGAAUAGUGCAAAAUCCGGUCUACUCGACGCCUCACAACACACAAGUACUGCCGACCGAUCCUUUCUUGGGCCUUGCACCCACUGUUAACUCCGCAGCUCAGAUAAAUGGCCAUAAUACCCCACACGCCGUGAGCUACUCGCCAUCGGGACCGGCUCCAUCGCUUGCUCCACCACCAUGUCCUCUUCCAACGCUGGCUCCACCUCCACCGGUGGCUCCUCGUAGGAAUCCCCCUGCACGUGCCAAUACAGUACCUGCUCCGGAGGUCAACGAGUUGGCUGAAAAAGAAGUGCUUGAGUUCACUGAUCAUUGUCUGGUCACUGUACUAGCACUUUUUAGGUCGGUCGAAGACUUCAAAAUUUGCAAUUGGACCAUAUGGAGGAUGUCUUCGAUGACAACUUUGAUCCUCGUGCGAACAAUAAAUCCAAGGAUAACAAAGAGUAUGAUCCCUUCGGUGACGAUUUCCUCGACAAUGUGCUACGACUUGGUGAUGAGGCUGGCCGCUCACAAUGGUGCCCACAAUUUAGAUGCGGCAUCACACGACCGGCGCGGCAGACUUCCAGAAGAUUAUAUCGACAGAUGUUGA